AUGGGAGUAUGUUUAUAUAGAGAUAAACAAUUAACUUAAUAUGCCUUAUAAGCAUAAUAUACAGAUUAGUUAAUAAUAGAUCAACUUCAUGAUAUAAGAGAUGUUAUUAAUUAAAAAAUAGUGAGAUCUUAUUAAUAUCUUACCUUAAUCAAAAAUGAAUUAUUCUAAGAAAAACUUAAUGAGAAAACUAUGAAUAUAUCUGUCAUUGAAAUAUUAGGAAAUAGAAAUAUGAUUUAUUUAGAAAUUCACAAAUAAUUAUAGUAUAUAUUCAUCUAAUUAAGGCAAUUCUAAAAUUUCAUUAAUUGGAUUAGCUAUAGAAAACGAAAAAUGCUUUUUAUUACUGAGAACUAUGUAAGCAUUAACAGAGUAAGUUACAUUUUAGGUAAUUUAAAGUUUAAUUGAAUUAUUGUACAGAUUUGGGUAUUUCUGAAAAUUUAUCAGAUGUCAUCAAGAAACGAUUUUUAUAGAGGUUCUUAUGUUUUGGAGUAAUCUAUAUAAAUGACAUGGUCAUCCCAAUUUUUAGAAAGAUAUCUACAAGAAUCAAAUGUCCUGUUCUUUAAAAGUACAAAUCACCUAGAAAUGAUAUCAUAUGUAUAAUCAAAUAUGAAGAGUAGAUAUAUAAAUUAAAAAAAUAAAAUGA